AUGGAUAAAGGCGACCAUUCCACCGCGCCCUAUCGGGGCCCCAAACUCCCCAACGUGCCCGACGACCUGGUGAUUUCCGGAGUCCUGGAUAUGGACUGCGACGAAAGACUCUGGGUCCCCCAAUCCAAAGACGUCUGGUUCCGCCCACUAUGCUUCAACGUUUCGCAAGGCUAUUUCGUCAAUAUCCUGCGCGUGAGAAAGAGCGGCAUUCUCUCGCGCCACAGACACACCGGGCCCGUACAUGCAACAGUGCUGAAAGGCCGCUGGCACUAUCUCGAGCACGACUGGUGGGCCGAGGAGGGCGGAUACGCGUUUGAGCCUCCGGGUGAUAUUCACACGCUGGAGGUUCCGGACGGAGUCACUGAAAUGGUCACGUUGUUCCAUGUGACUGGCGCGUAUAUUUACGUCGAUGUUGAUGGUGUUUCUCUGGGCAUCGAGGAUGUCUUCAGUAAGCUGCAGGCGGCACGGAACCACUAUGACGAGGUUGGGUUGGGCGCGUCUUUUGCAGAUCAGUUUGUGCGGUAG